AAAAACUGGUAUUAAGGGACUUAAUAAUACUAUAAUUCAGCUUCGUAAGAUUUGCUGCCAUCCUUUCGUAUUCAAAGAAGUCGAAACUGAUGUUAAUACAACAAAUGACGAAACAAUGUUAAUCAGAGUUUCGGAGCAAGCACCGCGUGUUGAUAUUUUUCCAGAUGACCGCAAUAAUGGAUAUUAUGGAAGAUUACCUUCACUGGCGUCAGUACAAGUUUCUUCGGCUGAAGAGAGAACAAGGCUUUUAAAAGAUUUUAAUGCACCAGAUUCUCCGUAUUUUAUUUUUCUUCUUAGCACGCGUGCUGGAGGACUUGGGUUGAAUUUACAGUCUGCUGACACUGUAAUUAUUUUUGAUUCAGAUUGGAAUCCACAUCAGGAUCUUCAAGCUCAAGACAGAGCCCAUCGCAUUGGGCAAACAAAUGAAGUUCGAAUUCUACGAUUGAUAAGUCAAAAUUCUAUCGAAGAGACUGUCCUUGCUAGAGCACAAUAUAAGCUUGACAUUGAUGGGAAAGUCAUCCAAGCUGGAAAAUUUGAUCAAAAGAGUACACCCCAAGAACGUGAGGCCUAUUUGCGUUCUCUCGUGGAAGGGUCUAACGUUGAAGGAAAUGACGUAGAUGAACGCGAGGAAUUGGAUGAUGAUGAAAUUAAUGAAAUUCUUGCGAGAAACGAAGAUGAACUCGCAUUGUUCAAACAAAUUGAUAUACAAAGAGUUCGUGAUGAAGAGGCUGAAUGGCGUAAAAAAGGUAAUCUCGGACCCGUACCCAAUAGACUUAUACAGGAGAACGAGUUACCUGAUGUGUAUUUGAGAGAGUAUGAGACACUUCCCGAUACUGGAGUUGAGUAUGGCCGUGGGCAAAGACAACGCAAGGAAGUAAUCUAUGACGAUGGUUUAACAGAGGAUCAAUUUUUAAAUGCUGUUGAAAAUAAUGAAGAUCUUGAAGGCCUAAUCGCCAAAAAGCAGUUACGUCGACAAGCAAAGAAGAAGCUUAGAGAGACUAUUAACACUGAAGAAUCGUCGCCUCACCCUAAUGAGCUUGAUGAUUUAUA